CAUAAUAUUUUGUCUUAAUAUGUCUGGUGACAAUAAGAUGAAGGGUCUCCUUAAAGGCCUAAGAUUCAUUUCUCAAAUAUUUGAUAAUAAUGAAAAACAACCAGAAAUUCAGAUUGGUAAUCCAACAGAUGUAAAGCAUGUGGCACAUAUUGGAUGGGAUGGUCCUACUGAAAAUUCUCCCAGCUGGAUGAACGAGUAUAAAUCUGUACCUGGACUUUCGUCAUCAGCACCUCUAAAUAUGAAUGGAGAGAUGCAUCGUAAAGGAUCUGAUGAUUCAGAUUCAAUGAGAAGAGGAACAAGGUCUAUGAAUCAUGAAGGUGAAGAAGACACACAUGAGUUGCCCUUGCCAAAAUCAUCUAAGCAACAUUCAAAUUCAACAACAAACAUAAGAGAAUCACAUGCAAAGGAAAAAUCAGACAAACCAAGGCAACAAAAAAGGUCAUCCAAACAUUCAACAUCAAAUGAAUCAAUUAAUGAAUCCAAACACACAACAGAACAAAUCACACCAAUGGACAUAGAUUCUCUCCAACUCCAAGGAAAUAACAAUGAUUUGCCACCUAGGAUCCAUCCAGAAAAACCUAAAAGGACUCAUUCCAAAAAGAUGAAAGAUGCUCAAGGUGGUAGUGGAUCAUCCAAAUCUAGAUCAAAAGCCCAACAUAGGGACCAUAAUUCCAAUGAAGGAUCACAUUCUAGGUCAAGUUCUAAAUCUAAGGAGCUCAAUUCCAAUGAAAGACAUCAAUCUAGAUUUAGUUCUAAAUCUAGGGACCAUAAUUCUAGUGAAGGACACACUUCUAGAUCUAGGAACAAGCAUAGGCAAAGUCAAGAAGAUGGACAACUUGAGAGAGGAUCCAAUGAAGAUAUAUUGAGAAAUGACCAAAAUUAGAUAAAUUUUGUAAGGCUAAUUGGAGUGUUGCAUAACCAAAAAAAAUUGUAAUAUAUCUUAGUGCUCUACUUAGACAAGUUAUUAAUUUUUGUAUAGAUAGCUAAAUUAUUAAUGUACAGAUAUAUUUAUACAGUAGUAGUAAAUAUUACAAAUGUACUAGACUACUAUUGUCUUGAGAAUCAAUAAAGUAUUUUCAA